AAAAAUCGUGGGAUACGAUUCUUUUUAACAACAACGCAAAAAAUAUAGAAAAACACCAGCAUUGGGCAUUUGGUGGUACUGCUAAAAUCUUGUUCUCGAUUUUUCUGUUUUAUUUUUUCAGAGGAAAAUAAUGAUGGGUUUUUUGCCCCGGCCAUUGUUCUUCCUCGUCGAGCUGGCUAUCUCGCUCGUGGUUCUUGAUUUUGGCCGGGGGAAUUUAGCUUGUUUGGCCCAAAUUUCGAGGGGAAAUUCCUACGUGUCUGUGGUCGGUGACCCUGGUAUGAAGAGCCCAAAUGCGAGAUUUGGGUUGGAAGCUUGGAAUUUCUGUAAUGAAGUUGGUGUGGAGGCGCCCAAAAUGGGCAGCCCAAGAAUGGCCGAUUGUGCUGAUUUGCACUGCGCAGAUGAUAAAGUGUUUGUGAGUAUUCUCAUUGAGGAGUUUGUUUAUGGGAGUGUGUUUGGUGGUGAAAGGAAAGAUCAUUCGAGCAGCUCAUGCAGCGUACUCCAGAAAGUGAGGGAAUCAGACAACAGACUGAAAGCAGGAGAUGAAUUUCCCAUUGGCGAAUAUAAAUCCUAUAUGGACCCUGAUAAGUAUGCAGUUGAAAAGGAACUAUAUCUGGGGUCUCUUUGUGAGGUCUCCGAUUCUGACGAACCUUGGUAUUUCUGGAUGUUGAUGCUAAAAAAUGGUAAUUUCGACAAAAGAACCACACUUUGCCCCGAAAACGGGCAGAAAGUAGAUAAAAUAGUGACCAACCGAACCUUCCCUUGUUUUGGCGAGGGGUGUAUGAACCAACCCCUCGUCUACCACAACCAGUCGAGACUCAUUUUGAAUGGCAAUAAAAGUGGCUCCUCAUUGGUCGGAGGAUUUUAUGGGACGUACGAUCUUGAUGCUGAUUUAUCAAGUGCCGGUGCUGGAAAGGACAAAUCUUUCUUUUCCGCCACAUGGCACAAGAAUUCGACUACAAACAGUUGGAUUGUGUCGCAAAAAGUGAAAACCUCGUCUAAGUAUCCUUGGCUUAUGCUGUAUCUAAGGUCUGAUGCGUCUACAGGAUUUAACGGUGGUUACCAUUAUAACGGGCGUGGCAUUAUGAAAAAGCUGCCCGAGUCCCCAAACUUCAAGGUCAGACUAACUCUGGACAUCAAACAAGGCGGAGGGCAGAACAGUCAAUUCUACCUCCUCGACAUGGGGAGCUGCUGGAAAAACAAUGGGGACCCGUGUGACGGUGAUGUCAUAACCGAUGUCACCCGAUACAGCGAGAUGAUUAUCAACCCCUCGACUCCGAGCUGGUGCCGCCCGGACAACCUCGUCUCGUGCCCACCUUACCACGUCAGCACGAAAGGACAGAUCAUAUUAAGAAACGAGACGUCUCGUUUUCCGUACAGUGCUUAUCACUUGUACUGUGCUCCUGGAAAUGCAAAGUAUCUGGAAAAGCCUUUCGAUAUUUGCGACCCGUAUAGCAACCCGCAGGCCCAAGAGCUGGUCCAGAUCCUGCCCCAUCACGAGUGGGCCGUGCAUGGGUACCCCGAGAAAAAGGGGGAUGGGUGGGUCGGUGACUCGAGGACCUGGGAACUCGAUACGGGGGCCCUUUCGAGUCGGUUGUAUUUCUAUCAGGAUCCGGGAACAAAACCAGCAAGAAGAAUAUGGUCAUCACUUAAUGUCGGUACUGAAAUCUACGUGAGCCCAGCUGGGGCUACGGCUGAAUGGACCGUUAGUGAUUUUGAUGUUUUAGUUCAUAAAGAUGCCGAAAAUGGGCGCCUGAGUGAUGGGUUUUUAGUCUGGGGUGGCCAUUACAAUUCUAAUUCAUGGGAUGAAAUUUAUUUAACAAAAUCUGCUAAUACACCGCUAAAUGUUCUGUUCUUGAGCUUUUCAGUGGUGGUGAUGGGUUUUUGGUCAGUGGUGGCUAUUACACUUGUGAUUCUUGAUAUUGGUCCAGGGCAUGGACAUUUGUACUGUUUAGCUGGAAAAACUGGGUAUUUAUCCAUAUUAGGUGACCCAGGAAUGAGAAACUCAGAUUCAAGGUUUGGGUUCGAAGCUUGGAACUCGUGUAAUGAAGUCGGAGUCGAGGCUCCGGGCAUGGGCAGCCCAAGGAUUGCCGAUUGUGCCGAUCUUCAUUGUUCACCUCACACAGAUAAUUCGAGCAGCACAUGCGAAGUAAACCAGAGAGUCAGUGAUUCAGACAACAGACUGAAAUCAGGCGAUACAAUCCCCAACGACGAAUUUAGUUCUUACACAGAUCCCGACAAGUACGCCGCGCAAAAAGAGUUGUACCUCGGGUCUCUCUGUGAAGCAUCCGAUUCCAACGCUUCCUGGUCUUUCUGGACCAUAAUGCUGAAAAACGGCAAUCUCGACAAAAACGCCACAUUCUGCCCUGAGAAUGGGAAAAAGGUCAAGAAAACCGUGACGGGGAUAAAUUUCCCGUGUUUCGGGCCAGGAUGCAUGAACCAACCCCUCGUCUACAGUAACGGGUCAAAACCCGUUUUCGACCAAAACAAAAACGCGUCUUUAGUCGGGGGGUUUUACGGGACUUACGAUCUCGAUGUGGAUUCGAGCGCAGCCGAGGGAAAUUCAAAUAACCGCUCGUUUUUCGCAGUCACGUGGAGCAAGAACUCGAGCACAAACAGCUGGAUCGUUUCUCACAAAUUGACAAUUUCCGCCAAGUACCCUUGGCUCAUGCUGUAUCUUAGAUCGGACGCAUCUAAAGGAUUAAACGGCGGGUAUCAUUAUAACGGGACUGGCAUCAUGAAAACGCUGCCCGAAUCCCCGAACUUCAAGGUUAGACUAACGUUAGACAUCAAACAAGGCGGAGGGCAAAGCAGUCAAUUCUACCUGCUCGACAUGGGGAGCUGCUGGAAAAACGACGGCAAGCCAUGCGAUGGGGAUGUCCUAACGGACGUCACCCGAUACAGUGAGAUGAUCAUCAACCCUUCGACCGGGAGCUCGUGUGGGCCCACCAAUCUCGCCGCUUGCCCGCCUUAUCAUAACAGUACCAAAGGAGAAAUCAUAUCAAGAAACGACACGGCCCGUUUUCCUUACUCGGCUUAUCAUUACUAUUGUGCUCCAGGGAAUGCAAAGUACCUGGAUAAACCAACCGGCACAUGCGACCCGUUUAGCAACCCGCAGGCCCAAGAGCUGGUCCAGCUCCUGCCCCAUUCCGAGUGGGCCGUGCAUGGGUACCCUGCGGAAAAAGGGGAUGGAUGGGUUAGUGGCCCAAGGACUUGGGAGCUCGAUACAGGAGCCCUUUCUAGCCGGUUGUAUUUCUAUCAGGAUCCAGGAACACCACCAGCAAAACGUGUAUGGUUAUCGAUUAAUGUUGGUACGGAGAUGUACAUGGGCCCACCGGGCGCCACAGCCGAAUGGACAGUUAGUGAUUUCGACGUUUUAGUUCCGAAAUCCAUCGAGCAAUGA